AUGCUCGCAGAUGCGUUCAUAAAGGCCCAUGCCGGGGCUAAAAAGGUGCAGGCCCGGAAGGCGGAUAUCUUUCGCAUAGCCCAACGGGAUGAUGAAUUACUACGACAAUUUGUGAACUGUUUCCAAAGGGAACGGAUGGAGCUCCCUCUGGUUCCGGUGGAAUGGGCUGCACAGGCUUUUACCAAAGGGCUUAAUCCUCGGAGCUGGACGGCCUCAUUCAAACUGAAAGAAAACUUGUUAGAAUAUGAGGCUGUGACCUGGGAAGAUGUUCAUAAUAGGUAUGAAUCAAAGAUUCAGGUAGAGGAUGACCAGCUCGAGCUCCCCCGGGGACCCGUAAAUAUAAGCAAAAGCUCUGAAAGGUUGAGAAAAGCUUACAACCCGGAGGUCCGAUCAUCGAGGGACAGAUACCGGCCAUACUCUCAUUCAGAAAAAUUGGGUUUCAGGUCGGAGAAAUCAAGGGUUGGCCCCAGUCAAUUCUCUGGUCGGGGUGAUAAACGGGCUGAGCGCCCGUCGAACAGUCGAGGUCUAUCAUUUAGAAGUGAUGCCGGAAGUUCGGCUAGCAAUAAAGAAUUACCAAGGAUAUCGGAGUACAACUUCAGCAUCAAUACCCCGGAUCUCGUCUCGGCCAUUGGUCGUAUCGCAGAAGCAAGAUGGAUGAGACCACUGAGAUCAGACCCGGGUCAACGGGACCCGAGCGUGAUGUAUGAGUAUCAUGGAACCCAUGGGCACAGAACUGAGGAAUGCCGCCAACUAAGGGAGGAGGUGGCUCGUUUACUGAAUAAUGGCCACCUUCAAGAAUUCCUGAGUGAACGAGCUAAAAGUCACUACAAGGAAAGGGAAUCUCACAAACGGGUCGAACCGGUAGAACCUCAGCAUAUAAUCAAUAUGGUAAUCGGAGGUACAGAUGCUCCUCGAGGGCCGGUGAUGAAACGAACAAAGGUUUCCAUUGUGCUCGAGAAGCGCGGCAAAUGA